CGGCAGGUUCUUUACGUGCAGGUUUUGCACCCAGGACUUCAGAAACUGGAUCUCAGUGCCUGUGACAUUACAGAUCAUGGAUUAAUCAUGCUUCAGAUUUGCACCCAACUGAGAGAAAUUAACUUGAAUUCGAGCGACUGCAAACUGUCUAUAACGUCUGAAGGAUUAAAGGUGAUUGCUUCAUCUUGUCCCUACUUGUCGGAAGUCUGUCUUCGAAGAUGCCGGAAUGUUUCGGAUGAAGGAAUCGUCGCCCUUGCACAACAAUGUAGACUGCUCCAAGUAGUGAAUAUCAGUGGCUGCUUGGGGGUUACAGAUGCCAGUUUACAUGCACUGGGCAAGAACUGCAAGUUUUUGUAUAGUGUUGAUUUUUCAGCUACCAAGGUUUCAGAUGCAGGCGUAAUUGGAUUGGUGAAUGGAGUGUGUUCCCAUAACUUAAAAGAGAUCCAUAUGGAUCGCUGUGUGAAUCUAACUGAUGAAGCAGUGGAAAGUGUGCUCAUUUUCUGUCCCCACGUUUUCAUACUACUAUUUCAUGGCUGCCCACUUAUCACAGAUCGUUCAAGAGAAGCCCUGCAACAGUUAGCCUGCCCUAAUCAAAUGAAACAAGUAACGUGGACCGUUUACUGAAUUAACUUUAUUGCUACCAUUUAAUAUUUGUUAAUUAAACAACCAAUGUUCUGUCAUUUUCAUACAAUAGCAACAACUGCUGUGAGCAUUUAACAGUGAAAUUUAUGUGACCAAGUAAUUAUCAAUUAAAUGUUUAAUUUAAUUCAAUCUAAUUACAGAGAAAGUAUAUAAUCUUUGUAUAUGUGCAGUGUAGCACAUGGUAAUAUAUAUUAGUACCGUUCCCAUUAUGUUGUGCUGUGAUGUACAAAUAAAUGUUGGUACAAAUGAAUUUGUGACAGUUGCUGGGUUUGACUGAUUAAUGAUUUGCUUUUAAGAGUCAGGAAGGAUACAAAAGUGUACUUAGUACAGUCCUGAAUAAGCAGUUCAAAUCCCACUCCAGUUUCUAAAAAAAGUAAAAGUGGGUUGAAUCAGAAAAGAAAGAACACACCCCGGUCUGUCGUACAUGCAACUAAAUUAAGUGAGUAUUAUGUUUUUGGUAUCCAGGAUUCUCACUCCUGCCCACUAAUAUCCAGUUAUGUCUGAUGACAAAAGUCUCCACACACUGCUGGAUAUCAGUCCAUAAUUCUCCUGUCUGCUAAUCUCGGGAAGCUCAUACUCAAUUACCUUCUGCAGGCAAUUCUGUGCAGCAUAAUGUGUGAACUGUGAUCUUCCUGGAUCCCCAAUCAGAAUCUCUGAUCCGUGAAGCUGCUUGUAUUCUGUUAACCAAUUGUGAAGACUGGCAGCGAGUUCUUCAUCAUAAAACAUGUCACCUAAAAGAAUCACAUCCCAUUUUUCUUCCAUCUUUCCAACUAAACUUUCUGUUGCCACGAGUAGUGGUGGUAUUUUGUUAAGUUCACAGUUCAUUUGUAUGGACACUGCUGCAACUGUAGGACAGCAAAAUAAAACAAUUUAAACAAAUAUGACAAACAUUUAUAAAAUUAUCACUAUUUGAGCGCUUGGAUUCUAAAGUGGAGGAAUGCUGUAUGGCUUUAUGUUUUUAAUAUUGUGCACAUUAAGGGGAAAGACAAAGUUUUAGUGUCAUUUUUUGAGUUUGAGUGUGACAGCAGCUUGUAGAUUUGUUCGCACGUGCACUUCUGAGAGGGUUUGCAGCCUUGGAAUAGAACUCAAAGUUAACAGUUCAAUGUAUUGAAAAACAAAUAGGGAAAAUUGUGCCAUUGCUUAGGAACAAAAUCAAACAUCCAGAACACUGGAGAGUUAAUCUCCAUAUAUGGGCAUUAAGGAAUGGAAGCUAAAGUGCUAGACGAGUUAAAAAAAAAACUGGUGAGAGAACUGCUGGAAGUGAAAUUUCUGGAAACUCAUGAAUUUGCUUUUAAUUUACUGUAAGAUAUGAAGAAAGCUCCAGCAACAAAUUACAGCCAUACCAACUAAACGAGAAUCCUUAAGAGUGGAGAAAGGGAUGAAUGUUCACUAAGAUUCAAGAGUCUGAUGUUGUUGGAGUAAUUUGUGUUGAAUGUUUCUUUUUGAUAUUUACUAUAAGACUAAGUCAAAUGUUGUAUGUUUUUCAUUUACUUAAUAAAAUUUUAUAUUUUGUUAAAAGUACUGGA